CGGAUCUUUUCUCUUUUCUUCUCGUGACUCUCCCAAUCCAAUCGGUGACCCUCUCUGCUCUCUAAUCUUUAGAUGUUCAUUGUUUUUUUUCUCCUUUCUUUCGUUCUUCUAGGUGUUGAAUGAACAUCUCUCUUUAUUUAUUUUUUUUUAUUUCCUUUCUAGUAUACAAAAUCUUUCUAUUUUCUCCUUAAAGUGUUGACCUUUUUGCUAUAUUUAGUAAACAAAGAUUUUGUCAGAGGGUUUAGGGUUUAGCAUCAUCAUCACCCCUACAGGCUACAGAAAACACACAAAACAAACAAAUCCAGUUUCGCUUCCCAAAGCUCCCUAUUAUAAUAACUCUGCUAUAAAAGGAAACCUUAAAAGCUUCUCUCUCUCUCAGGCACGACGCACGAACAGUAGAGUUCGUACGAUUCUCAGAACUUUUCUGAAUCGAAAGUUUUUUCUUUUUCUUUUUUUCCUUUUAACUUAACUAAAAUUUAAUCUCAUCCUCAAAUCCAACAGUUAUCGAGCUGAUAAGUUAGGCUCCUCUGUUUCUCUUUCUCAUCGGCAGAGACAUGUCGUCUUGUCUAAGUGGCGGCGGCGCUUAUACCUUCGAGUUGGAAAUGAUGAAGUCUCCGCCGUCGAGAACCGCCGCCUCAUCAUCACACAACACUCCUUCGCCGUCAUCUACAAUCUCCGAGUCAAACUCUCCUCCGCUAAGAAUCUCCACAAGAAGGCCACGGACGCAACGGAAACGACCAAACCAGACUUAUGACGAAGCGGCCGCUCUUCUCUCAACUGCUUACCCGAACAUCUUCUCGUCCAAGAGAAAAUCUCCGUUGAAUCCUCUGUUUCUCAACGAUUAUGACGAAGCUUCUCAGUUACUUCUACCGUUUGAGUCGAUCGAGGAUCAAGGCUUCUUGUUCAGUCCAACUAUACAGACGAAACCAGAUGACUUCUUGGAGCACAAGGAAGUCAGUUUCGACUCAGAGGUGAAUCGGUUUGGAUUCUUCGAGGACUUCGACGCUGAGUCGAUUCUAGAUGAAGAGAUUGAAGAAGGGAUCGAUAGUUUCAUGGGGAGCAUUGAAUCCAACGACGGAGAAUCUGGUUUUGCCGGAAUCGACCCGUUAGGGGAAAUGACGAUGCUUCCUUGGCAAGGAAGCUCCCUGGGUUUGAGGAACUCUCUCAGGGAAUGCGACGAUGCGAGCUUGUGGAUGUUUCCCACCGUGGAACUCGAACAUAUCUCGCCGAGAAUUCAGACCACUAUAACCGCCGCCGCUUUAGCAGCUGAUGACGGCGAACCCGACGACGUGAAUAGUAGUAGCAAGAGUAAGACGGUGGCGGGAGAAGAGAAAAGGAAGAUGACAAAGAAGAAGAAUGUGGAUGCGGCUGCGGCUGCGGCGGAUUUAAAGACAGAACAGAGAGUGAGUCCGUUAUUGAAGCUCGACUACGACAGGGUUUUAGAAGCUUGGUCGGAUAAGGAGUCGCCGUUCUCCAAUGAGGUUCUUGGUUCGGAAACUGCCGGAAGCGACAUCCAUGCAAGAUUGGCUGAGAUAGAUUUGUUUGGAGAAAGCGGGAUGAGAGAAGCUAUUGUGUCAAGGUAUAAAGAGAAAAGGAGGAAUCGGCUCUUCUCUAACUCCAAAAGAAUUCGAUAUCAAGUCCGCAAACUCAGUGCUGAUCAACGACCCCGUAUGAAGGGACGAUUUGUGAGAAGGUCCAACAUAAGGAACUUAGGUGGGUUACGGUUAUAAGAAGAAGUGUCGAAAGAACUUAAGCCCUUUUAUUCCUUUCUCUUUGAUGUUGGAUACUUUUGGUUUCGCCUUCUCCAUCUUUGUUCUUAUCUUUACUGACUCCUCUUGUUUUUUGGUCCUAAGGGAAUGGGGAAUAUAGAUUAGUUGAUUCGAGAAAGUCAAAAAAUCAGAAUGAAUAAAACUUCUUUUGUCU